UGUCUGCAAAAAUAGCUCUUCUUCUCUUCCCUGUCUUCCAGCGAACCUGGAACCUUCAGGGGUCCCUUUUCUUUCCUGAUUUCCAGUCCUUCUGCCUACCUGCUGCCCCAUGAAGGCUGGAGCAGCUGCCCUGGCAGCCGGCAUCUUCGGCGGCACCGGAGUCUUGCUCUUUCUCAUUGCUUUUGGGACGGAUUACUGGCUCCUGGCUACCGAGACCUGCGGCCUCUUCGAGGGUGGCAACAGCACUCUGCAGGCUGAGGAGGCUGAAGCACCAACAGAGGUCAGGGAGGAAAUCCUCACUUUCCAUCAUGAGGGCUUCUUCUGGAGGUGCUGGUUCUUCGGUGAGGGCCACCCAGAGACCAUCUGGAGCUUCUGGUACACCAGCCAAGCACACCCCAAGUUCUGCAUGCAUGGCUACCUCUUUCCUAUGCCCAUUGCCCUUGGACCUUUCCCCCAUCCUUCCUAUGACACAACUGCAGUGUACAGAGGCUUCUGGACAGCGUUCAUCCUGCUGGCUGUUGCUGCUGGGCUGGUAGGGGGGCUGCUGCUGGUCUGUGGUGUGCCCUUCGUCAACCCCCGCUACUACAAAGCUGGAGGGGUAUUCCUCCUCCUUUCAGGAGGCUUAUUUCUGCUGCUGGUGUUUCUCUUUGUGAUGUGGAAGGAGUUUGCUGCUGACUUUCAGAAGUACAUCCUCCUGGAGAGAAGCGAGAAGUGCCUGGACGACGUCCCUGUGCGCGUAUACUACGGCUGGUCCUUCAUGUUUGCUGCAGCUGGAGUGCCCCUGGUCUUACUGUCUGGACUCCUCUUCUACCUGGUUGGCAGAGACAUUAUGAAGUCCUUGGAGUAAAACAAAUUUGGAGGAGGCCUUUGAGAAAAUUGGUGAUGAAACAUACCCAAGUUUUGAGGACUAAAUGGGUUUUGUAGCACAGGUGCAUGAUCACAACUCGAUCUUAAGUGGAGGCAGGUAUGGAGCACUGAGCAUCCAACCACUGCCAGUCCAGAACCAGCCCCAGGUGAACAUCCAGCUUCAGCACUUUUACUCUUGGGGGACAUUUAGAGAUGUCUGUGGCUUCUGCAUCGGUUUUCUCUGCGGUCUUGGCCGUGGAAGGAGCUCUCUGGCUGUCAGCAGAGCCCCGCAUCCAUAUUCAGCAGAGCAGGAGUUUUAUGGCAUUCCCAGCAUCCUUGUUUCUUGUAAAAGGUAAUUGAAUCUGGCUGCAAAGCUCUAUGCCAUAAUGUCUGGUUCUGAAAA